UCAGUGUGGUAAUUUGAGGGUCACACGUAGAAAAGGACUGAAGAUACCAAGCAUGAGAGUUAAAGGUCCUGAUUAGUGGAGUCAAUAAGAGCUCACUUGUGAUGAGCUGACGCGGUGCGAUUUCACAUUCAGGCUAAAACCAGGACACCCGACCUAUUCUCUCCAAUCAUCCGGCUGUCUUUGCAACAAGCGGAUCGACUGAAGCCCCAGUCUGGUCACCUUUCACCUACCUCAACACAAUGCCUCGCCGUCGCUGCUCCGUUGAGAUCAGGAACAAUACAAACUCCUACACUCUUUCCAACCCAAGGGUCUACACUGUGAGCGGCUUCUGCCAGGUCUCUUUCCCUCCGAUGGUCGGUCCCUGCUCUGCCGUCAAGGCUCGCUUCAACAAGACGACAGGCCUGGCGAGCGGCGCUGUUGGUGUUUUCACUUUCGACCUUUUCAAUGCCGAGCUGAACGACUACAACCACAUCAUGGCCGUCAUGUUCUCCGUGCCCUAUGACAGAAUCCUUUUUUCCAACUGGCUUGCUGUGGGAAUCUUUAAUAAAGGUAGAAAAUGCGACCACAGCCUUUAUUACAAGAUGUACAAUGGAGGUGAGAGUGACUUUGUCAGAGGAAAGGCUGACGAGCCUGGCCUUUUUUACGAGGGUGACUACGUUAUUCUCAGUGCCUCCAUGACAGACUCGGGCGAAGCCGUCCUGACAGUGGAGAUCAGUGACACUGGAUUGUAUUAAGUAUUUGAUCUGAUAACUUACUAUAUGAUGUGAUCACCUGUAUUCCUAACAAAUGAAUGAAUCACUGAUAGAGCUGAAAGCGGUGCUUCGAGUUAAGAGCAAAUAUCUGCUGAGGCUCAUUUGUCACAUUAAAUCCUUUUUCUCAGGUUUUAAAUGUACCAUCCAUUAAGCCCACAUUUCUGUAAUUAUUUUUAUAUUUGUCUGAUGUAACACUUUUAAACUCUAUAUAACUUCUACCAUCCUACAGUCACCUUCAUCUUUCCUGUUUAUAUGGAUGUGGGAAAAUUAUUAUCAAAGAAAACUCUGCAGAAACUCA